AUGGAGAAGCAACAGCAGCAACAGCAGCGGCAGCAGCAGCAGCAGAACAGUUAUCAGCAGCUGCUGCAGCAAGCUGUGCAGGACAUACACCGCGCUGAAUUCGUGGCUGUUGACCUCGAGUUCACGGGUUUGCUGCUGGAGCAAAGGCACCGGCCCCUCUCUCUUGAGAAGUAUUACGCAGAGUGCCACAAAGCAGUUCAGCAGUUCCUCGCGCCUCAAAUAGGCAUUUGUUGCGCGCGGAGGGAUGAGACAAAUUCGGCGCAGUGGAUACUGCAGCCUUACACAUUUGACGCCCACCCCCGA